AUGCCACACAGAACCCUAGCUGGGUUGAAACAACAAUAUGGCCCUGUUAUUUGGUUGAAGUUGGGUUCCACAAACACUAUGGCGAUUCUCACUGCCAAAGCUGCAACCGAGUUGUUCAAGAACCAUGAUCUCUCCUUUGCCGAGCGCACCAUUAUCGAGACUAGUCGUUCACACGACUACUACCUGGGGUCGGUUGCCCUGGCUCCGUAUGGUUCAUAUUGGCGUGUCCUACGGCGGAUCUGCACAGUGGAGAUGCUCACAAACAAAAGAAUCAAUGAAACAGUGCCCAUUAGGCGAAAGUGUAUCAAGGAUUUAUUGAAAUGGAUCGAAAAUGAAGCCGACAUGGUGAAGGAUGGGCGAGGCAUUCAGGCCCAUGCUCAUGGGCUAAUAUACUAA